UUCCCGGCGGCCCUUGCGGUUCCAACAUGGCGGAGCUGACGGUGGAGGUUCGCGGCUCUAACGGGGCUUUCUACAAGGGAUUUAUCAAAGAUGUUCAUGAGGAUUCACUCACAGUUGUCUUUGAAAACAACUGGCAACCAGAACGCCAGGUUCCAUUUAAUGAAGUAAGACUGCCUCCCCCACCUGACAUCAAAAAAGAAAUUACUGAAGGAGAUGAAGUGGAGGUUUACUCAAGAGCAAAUGACCAAGAACCGUGUGGGUGGUGGUUAGCUAAAGUUCGGAUGAUGAAAGGAGAAUUCUAUGUCAUUGAAUAUGCCGCUUGCGAUGCCACCUACAAUGAAAUAGUUACAUUUGAACGACUUCGACCUGUCAAUCAAAACAAAACUGUCCAAAAGAAUACCUUCUUUAAAUGCACAGUGGAUGUUCCUGAGGAUUUGAGAGAGGCGUGUGCGAACGAAAAUGCCCAUAAAGAUUUCAAGAAGGCCGUAGGAGCAUGUCGAAUUUUUUACCAUGCUGAAACUACUCAGUUAAUGAUCCUGUCUGCCAGUGAGGCAACAGUCAAAAGGGUAAACAUAUUAAGUGACAUGCAUUUGCGGAGCAUUCGUACAAAGUUGAUGCUUAUGUCAAGAAAUGAAGAAGCCACCAAGCAUUUGGAAUGCACAAAACAACUUGCAGCGGCAUUUCAUGAGGAAUUUAUUGUGAGAGAAGAUUUAAUGGGCCUUGCAAUCGGAACGCACGGUAGUAACAUACAACAAGCUAGAAAGGUUCCAGGAGUUACUGCAAUAGAGCUGGAUGAAGAUACCGGUACUUUCAGAAUCUAUGGAGAGAGUGCUGAUGCAGUUAAAAAGGCCAGAGGCUUCUUGGAAUUUGUAGAGGAUUUUAUUCAGGUUCCCAGAAAUCUUGUUGGAAAAGUGAUCGGGAAGAAUGGCAAAGUUAUUCAAGAAAUUGUGGACAAAUCUGGAGUUGUUAGGGUGAGAAUUGAAGGAGACAAUGAAAAUAAACUACCUAGAGAAGAUGGGAUGGUUCCAUUCGUAUUUGUGGGCACCAAGGAAAGCAUUGGAAACGUACAAGUCCUUCUAGAGUACCAUAUUGCCUACCUAAAGGAAGUGGAGCAGCUAAGAAUGGAGAGACUUCAGAUAGAUGAACAACUCCGUCAGAUUGGUAUGGGUUUCAGACCCUCCUCUUCCAGAGGGCCCGAAAAAGAAAAAGGAUAUGCCACCGAUGAAAGUACAGUGUCCUCUGUACAAGGCUCUAGAUCUUAUAGUGGGAGAGGAAGAGGUCGUCGAGGCCCUAAUUACACCUCUGGCUAUGGUACAAACUCCGAGCUGUCUAACCCCUCCGAAACCGAAUCAGAGCGCAAAGACGAACUGAGUGACUGGUCGCUCGCCGGAGAGGACGAUAGGGAAAACCGACAUCAGCGCGACGGUAGAAGACGUCCGGGAGGAAGAGGCAGAAGCAUCUCAGGGGGUCGAGGCCGCGGUGGGCCUCGGGGCGGCAAGUCCUCCAUCAGCUCUGUGCUCAAGGAUCCGGACAGCAACCCUUACAGCUUACUUGAUAAUACAGAGUCCGACCAGACGGCAGACACGGACGCCAGCGAAUCUCACCACAGCACCAACCGCCGCCGGCGGUCUCGCCGCCGACGGACCGACGAAGAUGCCGUUCUCAUGGAUGGGAUGACCGAAUCCGAUACCGCUUCGGUUAACGAAAAUGGGAUAGGUGAUAGCGAAAAAAAACCCCAGCGACGCAAUCGUAGCCGCAGGCGUCGUUUCAGGGGUCAGGCAGAAGAUAGACAGCCAGUCACCGUUGCCGAUUACAUAUCCAGAGCCGAGUCUCAAAGCAGACAGAGAAACCUCCCGAGGGACGCUUUGGCUAAAAACAAGAAAGAAAUGGCAAAGGAUGUGAUUGAAGAACACGGUCCCUCGGAAAAAACCGUGAACGGCCCCACGAGCGACGAUACUUCUAAGCUGCAGAAUACUCCAGAAGAAGAGAAGACAAAUGCUCCGCAGGAAAAGCCGGCUCAAGAAGAAGCAGUCCUGAACGGCGUCUCGUAAACCGAAGUUCCUAGUUUACAGCUCUUCUACAUUACAUUUUACAAUAGUGCUUGUACAAGCUUGCCAAAGAUAGAAUAUGGAUCGCCAGUCUUUACACCGCACUUUUCAGUUCCUCCGUUUUGGAAUACAGAAAGGGAGGGGUCCUGAAAAAACCAUAUGUAAAACGUACUCUGACACCUACUGUGUUAUAAAUAUAUCAUCAGAUGUGCCUUGAUAGUAUAUGUAACAUUAAAAAAAAAAAUAUGCUGGCUAUAGGAAAUGUUAUUUUGUUUUCAAAAUAUGGCGAA